AUGGAGCUUGUAAUAUUUCUCAUGCUCAUUUCAGUGACCCAAGUGUCAUCACUUGGUGCUUGUCCUAAAUGUGGGAGCAUGGAGGUUCCAUACCCACUUAGCACAGACGACAGAUGUGGGGACCCUAGGUACAAGGUGUACUGUAAGAAUGGAGGUCUAGAGUUUCUGUCAGCUGGAGGAGUUUACUAUGAGGUCCUCAGCAUUGACUCUAGUGCUUAUAAGCUUGUCAUAAGUCCACCCAUGAUACAGAAGAAUACUUGUUAUUCGUCUGACCUUAGUGUAGGGGGCUUGAGUCUGGAUGAGAACUUGCCAUUUAACAUAUCCACUCACAACACAGUGUUGCUGCUGAAUUGCUCGAGCGACAUUCUACUUUCGCCAUUGAAUUGUUCUUCAAACAGCUUUUGUAGGGCUUACGAGAACAAUGUGGUGGAAGGAAGCACGUGUAAAAACACUCUUUGCUGUCAUUACUUGAAAGAUUCGGCCAUGACCUCACAUAGAAUUAGGAUUAGGGUUGGAGGGUGCACUGCUUACACUUCCGUAGUGAAUAUUAAGCCCGACGAUCCAGCCGGUUCAUGGAAUUAUGGUAUUGAGCUGCAAUGGGUCUGUCCAAGUUGA